AUGAUGAUAAUCCUUUUACUAGUUUAUCUUGCAGAAAGCACUUGCCCAGCAAUUAUGUGCAACUCACUUGAAACUGGAGCUGUAGCUCUGGACAGUGAUGGAUCUGUCUAUGUAAAUUUUUACGGCUGCCCAGUAGGAACGUAUGGAUCAGUGGAGUCUUUGAUGUCAUGAUUCAAAAACAAUGGUACAGUUUUAUUUUGCCACACUCUUGAUACGCCAUCAUUAGAUUCUUCUGAAUCUAUUGACUGUCUUACAUUCCCUGGAGAGGAGCUUUUGGCUGAUACUGUGUAUCCAAAAAGAUGCAACUCUUCAACUGAUUGCUUAUUAAAAGAUGGAGGUUAUGUAGACUGCUUAUGCGGACUAGAUGGAUAUUCCUAUUGUAUGCCUGGCUGGGGAGCUGAUGUUUUUGAUGGAUAUUGGGAGUAUUGUGAUAAACAUCAUAACAAAACGCCACAGACAUAUUGACAGUACUAUAAGGAUUUACACACUUAUUACAACUACUGGAUAAUGGCUCCAAGUUGCGCCCAAACAACUUUUAUUGAAUUUGUUACUCUGCAAGCAGGCUUGCCGAAUUCUGGAUUAUACAUUAUCAUUAGUUAUGGGAUACUAAUUACAAGUCUGCUAUCUUAA